GCCACACAAACUGGUAUUGAUGUGGAUGGAUCAACAAGAAUACAAAUGUGGAAAGAGGUUGCCGGAGGUAAAACACGGGGUCGGUGUUAUGGAGUUGCACAAUUGGCGCACAACGUAAGAGAUGGAGUGAGCUUUUUGACACAAGUGUCUGUUACAAACCCCAAUAGAGAAGCAGAUAGCGAAGCCAUUGAGGCUGCCAGAGCUGAAGCUGCCGCUGCACGUGAAGAGGCUGCCAGAGCUGAAGCGGAAGCUGCACGAGCUAAUGCGCGGACAGAUGAAUUGGCAAAGCAAUUUGAAGAUCUUAGGAAAAUGUUUGAAAUGUUUCAGUCUCGUCAGCCGGGUUCUUCUAGUGCUCCUUCGAGUGAACAUGCUCAUUAUAACUACUCGGAGGAUGAGGAGGAUGAGGAAGAUGAUGUUGCUGAUGUUCAUGAUCAAAACGAGUAGGACGAGGAAGAUGUUGCGGGAGGAUGUGUUAUGAUUAACCUUAUGUCUAGUUUGACUUAUAAGUAUAGUUAUUUUGGUACACAUUGACAUGUGUUAGGACUGUAUUAUUU